AUGCUAUACGAUUUGGAAUAGCAUCGUCGAAGCAUACACACACAUCGGGGGAAGCCACAAGCAGAAGCAUAACACGUCUCCAUAUAUCUUGAUUUUGUAGUUAUAACUCUCUUCUGGUUCCCUUCUUCAAUUAGGGUUCAAUUUCGCUUUUCUGCGUCAAGAUGGGUAGUUCGGAACCCCGAUUCGAAGAUUUUCUUGAGGAGAAGAAGCGCGUCCGGAACCCUUUAGUUCCCAUUGGUGCACUUAUUACUGCUGGUGUGCUAACGGCUGGCUUAAUCAGUUUUAGACAAGGUAAUUCAAACUUAGGCCAGAAGUUAAUGAGGGCUCGUGUAGUUGUCCAAGGUGCUACAGUGGCGCUCAUGGUUGGAACUGCCUAUUAUUAUGGAGAGAAUCCUUGGCAAUCGAGUUAAACUUUGAAUGGCCUAAAAACAAGUUAAACUUUGUAAUUGCUUGGCUUAUUGGUAUAUGUGAUGUGGAAUUUGGUCAUUCUAGGACCAAAUUCUUUGCCAACAUAUUACUUUUGAAACUAUUGAAUUAUUCUGAAUGUACUUUUUAUACACAGUUCUUCAAUAAAAUAAAAGACUCCCAAUUGAGUGGU